GAAAUUUACGUAUCUCUCUCUCUCUCUUCUCUCCUCUCUCUUGUCUCUGUACUUCGAGGCGGAAAACCGAAACCCCUCACCAUUUUCCCUCGCUUUUCAAAAGGAAGAAAAAAACAAGGGUCCGCACUGAAAAUUUUCCCUUUCACCUCUUCAAAUCCCUGAAUACAAAAACCCUAAUUUUGAAACCCACCAAUUCUCUUAUCUUUUCCCACCAUUCACAAUUUCAACUUACCCGAAAAACAACAACUUCCCCGAAAAAAACCCACAUUCAAAACCCUAAUUUUUGUCAUCCCCAUCACUCUCUACAACUCUCUCGAAAUUUCCAUGGAUACCCACCUUACAGAACCUCGAGAAUUGGACUCUUCGACUUUUGAUUCAGUUGUUUUGAAGCAAACCCUAGAUGGGUUUUCCCCCAAUUCACCCUCUCCGCCUCCCCCGAUUGAAACCCUAGACGAUCUUUUCAAUUCAUCUUCAGGUCCUUCGGAUUCGAAUGCCGAUGAUUCCUCCAAUUUCGACUACUUGUCGCCUUGUCCCGACGAAACCCUCGAUGAUCAGUCCGAUUCGGCUUUGUUUCUUGAUGUUGAUUCCCAAGAAGACGAAGAAGAAGAUGAUACAUUGCAUUCUUCGCCAGUGAAUACUGCUCCGGCGUACUCGUCUUCGCAUUGGUCGACCACGCCAUGGGACUCUCGCAGAGGGAAGAGUGAAGAUACCAAGGCCUUAAGCUUAGAUUGGCCUGAGCCGUGGUUGUUGGGUGAAGAAUUGAAACCCUCGGAAUUGGGUUUGUCUGAACUGUGGUCUUUGCAGGAAGAAACUGAAACCAAGCCCUUAGUUUCAGUUUAUGUUGAUUGGUACAAUGAAAUUAAGCCUGCUAUUGUGGGUUCUGGGCUUGCAAAUCUAGGCAACACUUGCUUUCUUAAUGCAGUCUUACAAUGUUUUACAUACACGGUGCCGCUUAUUCAGGGUCUUUGGUCAUACUAUCACCCAAGGCCUUGCUAUCGUGAUAUUGAAGGGUUUUGUGUACUUUGUUCUCUUCGUUACCACAUUGAACUCUCACUGACUUCUAUGGGCAGAGUUGUUACCCCAUGGACGUUUGUUGACAAUUUGAGCUAUUUAUCAUCUAAUUUCCAGAGAUUCCAGCAGGAAGAUGCUCAUGAAUUUCUACAAUGCUUUCUAGAUAGACUUGAAAGCUGUUAUAUUUAUUCGAAUAUGAAGGAUAUGGCUUUUCCUUUAGAGGAUGAGAACUUGGUCAAGCAAGUUUUCGGUGGUCGUCUAAUUAGCAAACUUCAAUGUUGCAAUUGUGGUCACUGUUCUGACACUUACGAGCCCUUGAUUGACCUGAGUUUAGAGAUUGAGGAUGUGGGUUCACUUCCUAGUGCUCUGGAAUCUUUCACCCGAGUGGAAAAGAUUGAAGAUCCAGAGACAAAGUUUACCUGUGAAAAAUGUAAGGAACGAGUGUCAGUAGAGAAGCAGCUUCUAUUGGACCAGGCUCCCUCGGUUGCUGCAUUCCAUUUGAAGAGAUUCAAGAAUGAUGGCUCUUAUGUUGAGAAGAUUGACAAGUUUGUGGAAUUCCCAUUGGAGCUGAACUUGUUGCCGUACACUAGUGCCAGUCAGAAUAAUAAUGUGGAACUGAAAUAUGAUCUGUAUGCAAUUGUGGUUCAUAUUGGAUUCUCGUCCACUUCUGGGCAUUACUAUAGCUUUGUGCGUUCAGCCCCAGAUGCGUGGUUCAGGUUGGAUGACUCAAAGGUUGUUAGAGUUCGAGAAGAUUAUGUGCUUUCUCAGGAAGCCUACAUUCUAUUCUAUGCAAAGCGGGGCACACCCUGGCUUUCAAGUUUGAUGGAAACAGAUAAGUCAUCUGUAGAUCCAACCGUAUCAAACAAUUCCCCCAAGUCAGUUUUAGAUAACGUGGAUCACAUUUCUACAUCAUCCCCUCACGUGGCAAAUAAUUGUAGUUGUGAAAUCAACAAAGCCAGAGAGGAUGUGGUUGGAAUUUCUGUGGAGCCUUCUAAUGGAUUUAGACAUGAUGGGGUUGAAGGUAAUGAGUCUCAAAGGUUAUCUACUCCAGUGCCACCGGAGAUAAGUGAUUCUACCAGCGGAGCUUCAUGUGAAGUUGAGAAAAAGUUAUCUCCAUCUGUUCUUACAGAAAAUAGUUGCAAUCAAGAGUUUGAUGAAGUUAAGAACGGUGCCAAUAUCACUUCUUUAACGCCCCCUAGCCCCCCUAGCCCUGAUAUAUAUGCAGAAGAGCCUCCAGUAGCCAGUUAUUCUAUCCCAUGUGGUGAACCGUUAUCAGAGAGACAAGUGCCUUGUAAAAGAGAAUUGGACAAUGAUCUAGAGGAGGAUUCACACAGAAAGCAGGCUCGUAAACUAUUGAAAAACAUGCCCAAUACCAGGAGCGCAGAAUUAUUGGCUGCCAUGAAUGGGUCUCAAGGUUCUUCGAACAGUAAGAGGGGCGGGAGAGUGGAAUUGUCUUCAAACAGAAAUGAUAGGCCUUCAAGUUCUCACCAUAAGGCCAAUCUUGACUCGUUUUUGCGUCCGGUUGCUGCUGGAAGUUUACGCUGAACAGGUUCGACGGACAUAGAUGUUUUGUAGAUGUUGACAGUAAACUCUCUUGUUCCUUGGGAAUAUUUGGCUCCAUAGGUUUGUUUAUAUUUUGUUUCAGAUGUAGAGUUUUGAGUUGAAGUUUUAUUUGGGCUAUGCUAGUUCUACAAAUGUUUUAAGCAAACAGAUAGUGUUUUAGAUCAUGAAGUAAAUUGCAAUUCGCUACCAUUGUACAUAACUCAUAAAAGAACCUUAUAGAUCAAUGGAGCCUCCUAUUGAGUUUUUUUUUUAUUAUAAAUUUCAGGUUUAAAUUCUUA